AUGCACCUGCCGGGCUGCGGCUCCACCAUGGCCGACGCCGGCUUCUCGCUCGCCGGUCACCUGCUCCGCAGCCCGGGGGGCAGCACGUCUCGGCUGCACAGCAUCGAGGCCAUCCUGGGCUUUGCCAAGGACGAGGCCAUGCUCGGCUCCUUUCCGGCCGAGAGGGGCGCCCGGAGCGCGAAGGAGAGGAGGCCCGGCUCCCGAGGGGGCUGCCCCAAGGCUCCGGGGGAAGGUGCCGAGCACUCCCCGGUGCCCGCUCCGGACUACGAAGCCCCCCGUCCCUACUGUCCCAAAGACCCUGGAGAGGCGCGGCCCAGCCCGAGUCUGCCUGGGGGACCCACCACCAGCGCCUCGCAACUGGUGGAGGAUGAGCCACCCAAGAAGAAGCAUCGACGCAACCGUACGACCUUCACCACCUACCAGCUGCAUGAGCUGGAGCGCGCCUUCGAGAAGUCCCACUACCCCGACGUGUACAGCCGCGAAGAGCUGGCAGGCAAGGUCAACCUCCCUGAGGUCCGCGUGCAGGUGUGGUUCCAGAACCGCCGGGCCAAGUGGCGGCGGCAGGAGAAGCUGGAAGUGUCGUCAGUGAAGCUGCAGGACUCGCCGCUGCUGACUUUCAGCCGCUCCCCGCCGGCGCCCCUGGGCCCGGGUCCCGGUGGAGGCUGCGGCGGCGGAGGGCCGACGGGGGGCGCCCUGCCGCUGGAGUCGUGGCUGGGGCCGCCGCUGGGGAGCGCGGGGGCCACGGCGCUGCAGAGCCUGCCGGGCUUCGGUCCCCCGGCGCAGGGCCUGCCCGCCAGCUACACGCCGCCGCCGCCGCCCUUCCUGGGGGGCCCGCCGCUGGGUCCCGGCCUGCAGCCCAUGCCGCCCCCCUCCUACCCCUGCGGCCCGGGCUUCGGGGACAAGUUCCCGCUGGAUGAGGCCGACCCGCGCAACAACAGCAUCGCGGCGCUGCGCCUCAAAGCCAAGGAGCACCUGCAGGCCAUCGGCAAGCCCUGGCCCGCGCUAUAG